AUGGAAGCUGGUAACGUGGUCGAAGCCGGAGAAGCCGCAACUCACAUCCUUAGCACCAACUGGAUUGUGGUGAAGACUGUCUUCAAGCAUUUGAGUUAUAUCCAGUUAUGCAGGAUGAGGAAGGUAUGCAGACUGUGGGAGGGCCUUGCAGAAGCCGAGCAGAAGAAGAGGAAUCGUAUCUUCUGGGUUCUUCACCAAACUCACAGUGAAGUUGGACGAGCCGCUGCUUGGUAUUCGUCAACGACGCAAGAGGAGGUAGACGGGCUGAUCGAGACCGCACCUAGCAAGCCUGCCAUCAUCAUUCACUUCACUACUACGCGUAGCUCUAGGCACGACACAUUCAUUUAUGAGUCCCCGGAUGAGGAUCAAGAGACUGAGGCCGCUCCCCACAGGAUGAGUCCUGUGGCAGCAUGCCUUGCAGCCUACCUGCCAGCUGGAGCCUCCAUCACUAGCUGUAGUUCGGGAUUCAUCGUGGGCACACCACGAGCGGGCGGGUCACCGGACGUGGUGGUCAGAAGAGACGCCAGCAGCGUCGUCUUCAUUCCACAAAGGCCUGGUGUCUCUAUGCGGAGGUUUUCGGCCACGCUAGAAGAAUCUCUGGUGAACCCUCACGCAGUAGGCUUCAACGACGACGGAGUUACGAAGGUUAAGGCCGUGGUGCUGUUCGUCGAGGAAAGCGCCAGCGAUGCCAGCAACUUCUGGGAGUGCAUCCAGUUCCAGGGCAAGGAGUGGGCGUCUGGCGUGGCUGUAGCGGGGACUAUAGUUAAUGACGUCGGCACGGCCAGGUAUCCGAGACCUAGUUUCAUCGCUGGAAUCGCAUUCGGUGGCGAGAACCUCAUAGCCACGUCGGUCGUCGUGUCUUCCUACGACGGUGAAGUGAUCCGAAAGCAGAUUGGGCGUUUAGGACCCGUGGACCGUCCUCGUGGUACCCAGCGCAUUGCUUUCCUCUUCUCGGCCUUGGGACGUGCAGCCCAGAUAGGCUGUAUGAUCGAGACGCACGCCUUCCAUUCCGUGUACCCGGACGUACCCUUAUUCGGUGUACCCAGCCCAUGGGUCAUCGGCAUCGACAGCCAACGCUCCCCUGAACGAGAGGACAUUUUUAACGACUAUUGGCUGCAUGUGUCGUCAAGUUUACUAGUCAUGUUGACCUUUCGAUAA